CAGGACGAUGACGUCGUCUCCUGGUGACGUGUCACUUUGUUUACAGCGUGCCCUGCGCUGCAGCUGCACAGUUAUGGCUGUGGAUAUAACUUUACUUUUCAAAGCCAGUGUCAAGACAGUAAAAACCAGGAACAAGGCAAUAGGAAUAAGCGUUGACUCUACCAAAGAUGAAAUAUUCAAGAGGAUCAGACCCAAGAGUGGCUUUUCUCCGAAGGCGAAAGAAGUGAUCUCGAACAUCACCAAGCUCAAAGACUUUCUGCUACAGCACAGGAAAGAUUACGUGAGCGCCGGAAGUCUCAUCUCGUCAGAUUCAACCCGUAUGACGGAGAAUGAACGAGACCAGAUUGACCAGGAUGCUCAGAUCUUCAUGAGGACCUGCUCUGAGGCCAUCAGGCAGCUACGCAAUGAAGCGGAGAAGCAAGUGACGUCAGCCCAGGUAAAGGAGCACAGAGGGGCGGUGCUGGACCUGAUUGAAAUGUAUCUGAGAGGAGUUUGUAAGCUGUACUCUGAACAAAGAGCCAUCCGAGUCAAGAGAAUGGUGGACAAGAAGAGGCUGUCGAGACUGGCCCCGGAGCACCGCAGCAAGGUGGAGAAACCGCCGGCGGUGGAGCCCAAAGAGGAGAAGACUGUCAGGGAGGAAAGUCCUGAGAAAAGUAUGUCAGAGGUCCUGGACAACCCUGUCAGCCUGUGGGAGGAGAGCCGAGUGGAGGACGAGCUCUCUCCUGAGGAGAUCCAAAUGUUUGAGCAGGAGAACCAGAGGUUGGUGAGUGAGAUGAACAGCCUGGUGGAUGAAGUGAGGCAAAUUGAAGGGAAGGUGGUGGAGAUCUCCCGACUGCAGGAGAUCUUUGCUGAGAAAGUCCUGCAACAAGAAACCGAGAUAGACGGUAUACAUCAGCUGGUUGUGGGAGCAACAGAAAACGUCAAAGAAGCAAAUGAGGAUAUACGAGAGGCAAUCAAAAACAACGCGGGCUUCCGGGUAUGGAUCCUGUUCUUCUUGGUCAUGUGCUCUUUCUCUCUCCUUUUCCUGGACUGGUACGACAGCUAACACAACUAGCCAGCACGGACUCUAUUUGACAGGAAACCGUCCGGGACUGGCACAUAUCGGCUAUCUCAGAGAGAGGUGAGACUGAAUGUACAGUCUACCAUGUUGGAGCUGCUGUACAAGUCUGUGAAGAUUCUGUGUUCAAGUGGACUUUGGAGUUCUUCCUUUCCCUGAUGCUAACUAUCUAAUAGUGUUUGUCUAGCGCAUUUGGGGAUCCAAUGUUUAAAAAGCCCAUCCAUGGAGGCAAUUUGUCCACUUUUAAGAGUUUUUAAGAGUCUUUCUUUCCCACUAAAGCAGCAAUGAUGAUGUAGGAUUGGCAGUUGCUAUUUAUGUCUGUCUAACUGAAAAAAAAGUGUUUGGACCAGACUGAAGGAAACUGUUCAAAAUAGCUUUGCCUUUACUUGCUGUUUCAUGUACACUAUUUAAAAAGCGUAUACACUUGUGUACCUCAAUGACACAAAUUAUACUUCACUGUCAAACCCUGAUAAAUGGUUUGCUUCAUGGGCAGCAGAGCAAUUUAUUCGAUAUGUUAUCACAUAACUGUACUGACACUCUAGUAAAACUGAGCAAUCGCCUUGAUUCAA